AUGGCAGUCCCAAAGAAACGUACUUCUAUGUCAAAAAAGCAUAUUCGUAGAAAUUAUUGGAAGAGAAAGGGAUAUAAAGCCGCGGUAAAAGCUUUUUCUUUAGGUAAAUCUGUUUCUACCGGGCAUUCAAAAAGUUUUUUUGUGCAACAAACAACAACAAAAACAAACAAAUAA